AUGUCGUCCCACAAGACGUUCAAGAUCAAGUGGUUUCUUGCUAAGAAGCAGAAACAGAACCGGCCCCUCCUUCAAUGGAUCCAUAUGAAAACUGGCAAUAAGAUCAGAUACAACUCCAAAAGGAGGCACUGGAGAAGGACCAAACUAGGUCUGUAAAGAGAAGC